AUGGCUCGUGUCCCUCUCCCUGUGGACGUGUUUUCUCUGCUCUCUGAUGAAGUUGACUAUGAAUUGGAUAUCCGCCGCAAACCUCACUUGAUUUUGAACCUGUCCGGCAAGUGCCGUGUCCUGAACGAGAACUGGGGCGCUUCUAUCGACACAGUCCGUCUGGAGGCAAAAGAAUUUGUCCUGCCUGAAGACGACUUGGUAGCUAGAAUGUCCGGAAUGUCAUUCCAUAACAAGGAAGACAAUACUCGCACCACCACUGGAAGCAAGUCGACUGACCGUAGUUGCUCUAGUAAGAAGAAGAGCAAGAAGAAGAAGAGUAGGAAGCAUAAGAAGAAGUCACGACGCCGUCGUUCUUCUAGUUCAAGUUCAUCUAGCUCUACGGACAGUUCUACCUCGUCCUCUUCUGACGAACAUCACCAGCAGUCUCGCAUACUUUGGCUCCCUGCCCUUAAGGGUGCGACUAGUAAAAGCAACAACAUGUUCCCCGUCUGCAAAGUCUUGGCAGAGUAUCCCGCCUGUACCAAGGGCUGA